GACUUGAAAUUCGUGAAAAAAGGAUAUAAUAGAAUUUGUUAUUCUCAUUAAUUAAACAAACUGGCGCCAUAUUUAUCAUGUCGAUGAUAAAUAUUAUUGAAUUGACAAUCUAUAGUUUUAUAUUCAUUUCAUCGACCAUUUAUUCGGUGUGGAAUUUUUUCCAAACUUCUCUUCUUAAUCUAUAUGAUGUCGAUCAAAGUGAUUUUCAAACUGACACAUGGUUUUCUCGGACAUUCGCCAUCAAUUAUCCGUUAGAUGUGACCGAUUUAGAAUGGCAAUCAGCCAAACAAUAUUAUAUCGGCACCAAAAUCCUAUAUCUUCUUUAUCAUUCGAUCGGAUUCCUAAUUACUCGAUUAAUAUAUCCACAGUAUUUACCUUUGUUCAUCAUUCUAUAUUCAUCAUUCAUUCUAUCCUAUUUAUUAUCGUUAAGAUUUCUAUUAUUGAUAUUGAUAAAUAUUGGUGCCAUUUUCAUUCUGGAAUUUUUUGUACUUUAUUUUGGCAGUAAUAUUAAUCGCCGUUGGUUACGUAUUCCACAUUAUAUUAUUUUUGCCUAUUCAUUAGCUAUCGCUCAUCGGUUAGAAUUUGUCACUGCUGAUCAUGAACAAAAUUUUCUCAUACACGUCAGUUUUUCAUGGCUCAAUGCCAAACUAUUGAGCUGUUCGAUCGAUCUUUAUGAUAGUGAAUAUUUUGAUGACCAAAAAAAGUCUUGGCGUUUUACCCUAAUUCGAUUAGCCUAUCUUUUGUAUUUUCCACCCUUUUUCUUUGGACCAAUCUAUAAUUUCGACGAUUUUCAUAAAUCCAUCGAAAACUUGAUUACGAAUUCAAACACACGACCGAUAUUAACAAUCAUUGAAAUUGUUCAACUUAUUCGAUACAUACUAUGGGCCUUAAUUUUAGAAAUUAUCCUUCAUUUCAUCUAUUCAUCAUCGUUUCAGUAUUACGUCUAUAUUGUCGAUACAUUUGAUUCAUGGAGCCUGUGUGGCCUUGGUUAUUCUUUGAUGAUUUUAUUUUUUCUAAAAUAUUUUAUUAUCUAUGGCAUUAGCCAACAAUUAGCCAUUAUUGAUGGCCUAGACAAUGUUAUUGCAUCACCACCCGCAUGUAUUGGCCACAUAAAUCAAACAUCUUAUUUGUGGCAAAAAUUUGAUCGCGGCCUUUAUUCAUUUCUCCUGAAGUAUUUUUACAAGCCUUUGAAUGGAUCACCAACAAGUAGCGUGUUGAGGCGAAUGCUUUCAGCCAUAGCCUGUUUUACCAUUAUUGCCUUUUGGCAUGGACUUCAUGACUCAAUCAUUGUUUGGGUUAUGAUGAACAUCCUGCUUAUAUAUUGUGAUCGCAUCAUUGCCAUCUUUUUCAAGUAUAAUGAUGCCUACCAUGUGAAAGCUUUAAUUGAAUCACCAUUGCUUGCCCUGGCAUACAUUUCAAAUAUAUUCUUCCUGUCCAACUAUGAAAUCGGUUGGCUAUUUAUUUCGAAAAUACUUUUAGGAUUCCCUUUCCCAUUAUUAGCAGUUUUGUUCAUUUUUUUCUGCAGCUGUUAUGUUUGUAAUCGAAUCAACUGUAAGAUAACUAAAUAG